UAAGACAACUAUUUCUUUCACUCUCCUUAAACCCUAGCAGCGUCCUUUCGUUGCCAUAUAAACUUGUGCUUUGUUUGUCUGACGCUCUAUAGUGCAGCGGCGAUGGGUGCCUACACAUACGUCUCGGAGCUAUGGAAGAAGAAGCAAUCUGAUGUGAUGCGUUUCUUGCUCAGGGUUCGCUGCUGGGAGUACCGCCAGCUUCCUGCUGUUGUACGAGUCACCCACCCCACCCGCCCCGACAAGGCCCGACGCCUCGGCUACAAGGCGAAGCAGGGGUAUGUCAUCUACCGUGUCCGUGUUAGACGUGGUGGAAGAAAGAGGCCAGUGCCCAAGGGUAUUGUGUAUGGUAAGCCCACCAACCAGGGUGUUACUCAGCUGAAAUUCCAACGCAGCAAGCGGUCAGUUGCUGAGGAGCGUGCGGGAAGGAAACUGGGUGGUCUUAGGGUUCUGAAUUCUUACUGGAUCAAUGAGGACUCAACUUACAAGUACUUUGAAGUAAUAUUGAUAGAUCCAGCUCAUGCUACUGUCCGUAAUGACCCAAGGAUCAACUGGAUUUGCAACCCAGUGCACAAACAUAGGGAGCUUCGAGGGCUUACAUCUGCUGGAAAGAAGUACAGAGGUCUCAGAGGCAAGGGCCACUUGCAUCACAAAGCACGUCCCUCAAGAAGGGCCACAUGGAAAAGGAACCAGACACUAUCCCUUCGUCGGUACCGUUGAUCUUCCUGAAGUUUGUUCUUAUAACAAACUGGGCCACACGGAAGAUGAAUCAGACGCUUUCCCCUUCAUCAUCACUGUUGAUCUUGAAGCUUUUUGGUGUUAUAACGAACUUGAUUCUGGUUUUCUCUAUACUAGGAGUUUUUGGACAACUGAGCAAGUUUAGUGUUAUUUUGUUCAAGGUACUGUUGCUGAGAUCAGAAUAUUUUAUAAUGCCCUUGCAAUUUCGUUUUAAAAUACAUCUUUUCAGCAAUUCAUGUCCGAAAUUUGGUAACAUCUGGCCUGGCAUCUGUUGCUGGUGAAGUUACUCAUUAUUUGCGCGAAUGCUUCCUUG